AUGAGAUCUAAUUUAGAAGAGCUCGACUCGAGGAAUUCAACAGUAAAAAGAGUUCAAGAUUUGGCUGCUGGUCUGUCACGCCAGAAGUCGCGGCUACUAUGGUCACUGCUGCCAUUUUCGGGGAGUGAUCGGGGAAGAGUCGAGUACAAGAGGAAGGUGGAAGGAAGAAAGCGCCAGAAGCGCCAGAUGCAUCAGGUCAAGGGAACGCGAGAGGCGCACGAAAGGAGGACGGGGCAGUUCGCAGCCUACAACCCCCUCACAGGGGCCCUGGAUCUUGUCCCUCCGACGCCCGACGAGUUCUUCGACGACGGCCACGGCCUUACCUCGCACCUCGAUUGCUUCAUCCUCGCCUCCGAAGAGGGCGACGGGCCGUUCCGCCUUGUCACUAUCUGUCACGACGAGUCGCGGGCGCGCGCCGCCGUCUUCUCGUCAGAUAGCAGGGAGUGGCGGAUCUUCCCGUGGUCUGAGGCUGUGGAGCCACUGCCUGAAGACGAACACUGGCUUAAAGUUGGCACGAUGGUGAAUGGGUUCAUCUAUUGGAUACAAGCAAAUGAAGCCGGCUUGCUCGUGCUGAACACCGCAACGCUACAUUUCUCUCGGAUGGAUCUGCCACCAUUCUUGGAAGGGAAAAUUCACCUUGUGUGGCCUGGGGAGGCCAAGGAUGGGAGGCUUUGUAUCGUUUGCCCAGUUGACUUUGGUAUCCAUGUUUGGUUCUGGCGAGCUGAUGAGGACGGCUUCGAGAGAUGGAUGCUAGAGAAGAAGUUUCAGUUAGAGUUAAAGUCGAUUGUUGAGGCCACUGGGGGCUCACUAGAAGAUGUUGAGCUGCAUAUUGUGGAUACUAUUGAUGGGUUUGUGUACUUCUCUACUGGUGAAACGUUCCAUAAUGUUCAUGUUCCUUCGUGGUUCCUGUCUUUAUGCAUGGAGACGGCGAAGCUGGACAUGCUCUUUCAGAAGAGAUGUGACAGCCAUGUCCGGCCCUGCAUCAUGCCAUGGCCUCCCUCUUUGGUAAAUAAUAAGUUGUGCCCUCUACUUGAAGGAGAAGGUGCUUGA